AAAAUUACAAGCAUCUUGCGUCAAGCGUUGCUUCAAUCAGAUCGUUGCAAAACGUAGUCGCAAAUUGCAAACAUUUCAGGACGAAAUUCUAAAAACUUGUCAAAAGAAACUGCGCGAUCGAUAAAACAUAAACAAGAACGAGAACGUAUCUACCCUGAAGAACGCAUAGGGGUUGCUCCGAGGACCGAAGAGUGCGUCGCUUCACGACGACGACGGCAAUGUUGAAUUUAACUCGGGCACGAUACGAUUGUUAUUACAUAACGUGCCAUCGUAAAGAAGUUUAUCGAUCGCUUCUCAAGGAUCCGGUGUCCGCACAUUUCGUUCAAGAACGUUUCCGAGAAGAGAAACCGUGUGCGGAUGUCGAUCCCGAGGAACGCAGUCUCGAUCCUCGCGAUCCUCGCGCGAGUGACUGAACUUUCCAGCUGAUCGUGAUCUACGUUGCUUUAUUACGGUAACGACACGAUGUCGAAGUUACUCCGACUCUCGCGAUACGUUUGUUAUUGCAUAACGUGCUAGAGCAGCGGAGCACGUCGAUCGAGUUCUCAAUGAUCCACUUUGCAACGUCAGUUCCCGUCGACGAAAAGACAAAGACACCGUCGUCGGGAUCUGUCCACCGGUUCAACGGUAUAGUCCACGUCAGUCCGGAUCAGUCACAAAGUGCGAGGGUCUUUCGAACCGUAGCCCAAAUAAACGUCCGGGGAGAUCAGAGACGAAUUGCGAAUGGGUGGGAAAAAAAGAAACAACGGACAUGGGAGGAUCGCGGCCAUCGGCAGCGGAAGCCAAACAAACAGUAGUGUCAGUCAGUGGGAAAAGUCGAGACUCACCGGAAGUCGAGUUCAGAUGAGGCAACUCUUUCUUGGGGAUGAUCGAGCAUCCGCAGAUGUCCUCGAUAUCCAGCAUCGACCUGCUGUUCUUCAUCUCGUCGGCUGCGACGCGGGCGUGAUCGGGAGGCGAUGAUUAGGUGAUCCCAACCGGCAUCGCGAUCAGCAUGGAUCCCAGCCCCGGCUUUUGGACGCGUGCGAUCCAGCCGCAGCCGGUCCGAAUCCACGAUCGAUCGGCGAACCUGUCAUCCCGCCUCUCGAAGGUUCCACGUGCUGUCGGGUCGAUCGAUCUCCGGCUGACGCGGCCGAGUCAAAAUGGCAGUCGGAGAUCUUCGGAUCUAUUCAUAGAUCGCCGGAGGUGGGCUAGAGCGGCCAGGCAACGGGAAGAACGAACGAGGAAGACCGCAACGGGACCUAUAAGCCCGUGCUCGGUGCUAAUGCUGCUGGUGCUGCAGGGAUCCUUGGGUGUCCUCGUCGCUGGGAAGACCAUACCGCAAGUGAUCGACAAAGACUAUUCCCAAUACGAGCGUCGAUACGAAGACGACAGCCAUGGCAACCUGGCCGUGCCGUUCACUCUGGAGGAGACCUACGACCAAAGUUUCCGCGCGAACGGCUUCAACGGCACCUGGCAAACGGACACCGGCAUCCUUUACACCGAUAACUAUACCGGCGACAUACGUAUGUUCGACGUGAAGUCGGGCAUCAGCAGAGUCUUCGUGGACGCGUCGAUCCUGAGCCCUUACAACAACCCUAGGAUGAGCUUUUCGUCCGACAAUUCGCACAUCCUCAUCAGCUACGAUAUGAUCGCAAACUUCAGGCACUCGGCGUUUCAACGGUUCGACGUGUACAACACGAAACGGAGGACGUAUACAAAAAUCGGCGAUGGAAAACACUUAGCGCUCGCGAGAUGGUCGCCUAAGCAAAACGCGAUUGUUUAUGUUCUGGACAAUGACAUUUACUAUCAGCAGUUCGAUAAAGAUGGCAGUCCCGUUCGACGAUUGACGUACACCGGCGUGCCGGAUGUCGUUUUCAACGGUGCGCCCGAUUGGGUCUACGAAGAGGAAGUGCUGGCCUCGGCAACGGCGUUCUGGUUCUCCCCUGACGGCAGUCACCUUGCUUUCGCGACCUACAACGACACCGAGGUGAGAGAUAUGGUGAUACCCUAUUAUGGGAGACCAGGUGUCCUGGCGGAUCAAUAUCCGAAGGAAGUAAAGAUCAAGUAUCCGAAGGCGGGCACUCCAAACCCAAUCGUCGCUCUAACCGUCGUUGAUUUGGAUAAUCCGUCCUCGGAAUUGGUUAAUCUCCAGCCGCCCGUCGUCGACGAGGACUACAUCCUGUACACGGUGAAUUGGUGGAACCGGCACGUGAUGGCGACCUGGACGAACCGGGCCCAGAACAGGUCGAUUUUAGUGCGCUACGAAACUGAUGGCGUGCCGGAGAACCUGCUGUUCAAAGUGGAGACCGAGGGCUGGCUGCGAGUACAUCCCCCGGUUUACCACGAUCGAUACGUGGUCCUUUUGGAGCUACAGCACACGGGCAGCUCGCCGAACGUCGGCCGGUUCGUCCACGCGAUCCGCUACAGGUACAUGGAGGGCCGAUUGAUCUGGCCGAAGGAUUUGACUCCGAACUCUUCCGAAGUGAUCAGCAUCGUGGCCGUGGAUCACACCAGGGGGAUCCUUUACUAUGUUGCAACCGGGGUCGACCGACCGUCCGAGAGGAACCUGUACUCGGUGCCCUUGGACGGUAACGAGGCGCCAAGAUGCAUUUCUUGCAACAUCAUCACGCCCGAGGGCCACGUCUGCUCCUAUGCCUAUCCCUCAUUCUCCAUUGACAAUACUUAUUACGCGGUGGCUUGCACCGGACCCGACCCCACGUUCGUCGUGAUCUUCGACUCGGACGAAAGGCCACUUCAUCUGUGGGAGGAGAACCGACCUCUCCGACGAAAAUUGACCAGUCGUCGGCAGCCACGUAUCAAGGAUUUCGACGUCAGAGUGAACGGCUACGACAACAAGGUUAGACUGUAUCUGCCGCCGGACUUCGACGACAGCAAGUCCUACCCGCUGCUCAUCAACGUGUACGCGGGUCCGAACACCGUUAGAGUGACCGAUGCGAACACGUUCGGGUUCGAGUCGUACAUGGUGACCAACAGGAGCGUCAUUUAUGGUCACAUCGAUGGCCGCGGGUCCGCUUUUAAAGGCAGCAAGAUACUGUUCGAGAUCUAUCGACGCCUAGGCACCGUGGAGAUCCAGGACCAGAUCGAUGUCACCCGAUACUUGCAAGAAAAAUACUCCUGGAUCGACGCGAACAGAACCGCGAUAUGGGGUUGGAGUUACGGCGGAUUCGCCGCAGCAAUGACCCUGGCUACUGACCAUGAUUCAGUGUUCAAGUGUGGCAUAUCGGUGGCACCCGUCUCCUCCUGGAUUUACUAUGACUCGAUCUACACGGAGAGGUUCAUGGGUCUGCCGACGCCGGACGACAACCUGGGCGGGUACAACAACACGGACGUGACCAGAAGGGUGGAGGGUAUACGGGGCAAAAAGUUCAUGCUGAUACAUGGGACAGGAGACGACAACGUCCACUACCAGCAGGCCCUGGCCCUGAACAAGGCUCUGGUCAAGAGGGACAUCAUGUUCCAGCAGCAGUCCUACACGGACGAGGCGCACGGUCUGACCGGGGUCUCUCCUCACUUUUACCACACCAUGGACCGAUUUUGGAGCAAUUGCCUGGGAUACUCGCGCGCCCACUGACCCGAAUCCUAUCUGGAUUAGCAACCGGCAAGCCCGUUCGCCUAACUCCGUGGGCGUCGCUCGAUCACCGACCGGCUAAUCCGACGCGUCGCCCGCGAGAGACUCGUUCCUCGCUCGCCGACAAACUGUCACGAAACGCCACGUGACACAGUGUCGGCCGUGCCACCCCGCUGCUGCCCUGUACAAAAUGACAAUCGCUAAUUCCCCGACGAAGAGCUUGUGCCUUGCCAGACGAGGCUCGGCGAGCCCGCAAGUAGUGGAUUCCUUCGGAGACGCCCGGCAAUUUUUGUUCCGCGACGUUCGGGAUCCGCGUAGCCGAGCUCGUAAAUCUUUGAGAAGCUGCCACCGGUGGGUUACUUAUUGAUGGCCGACACCUUGACGGGUUCUGCCAGGGGCGCGAUCAUCCGUCGACGCGCGAAAGAGGAUUGCGAAAGGAUUGUGAAGUCUGCGAAACGCAAGAGCGUUCGGUGUAUUCGCGCCUGGAAUUUGAAAUAAAUCGAUCGGUUUCGAUCUCGGACCGACAUGGCUGCCGACUUGUCGAUCGUUUCUUCGUUCUCCCACGCGUUUCGGAGGAUUUGUUUUUUCACCGAAUCGAAAAUUAUAUAUUUUAAUGGAAGUCGACAGGUUAAAUUGCGGCGCGUUUGAACCGCGUUCCCGAAUUUCUACAGGCUGUCUGUCCGUCGUCGUAAAAACCGCAGCGCCCGCGACCUGUUCGAGAGCAAAACUGUUUCAAUGGCGAAAAGUUGUAUGUCCGGAGCGCAAUUAAGCGUGGAGAAAUAAAGUAACGCCGCGGGGACGUUGGUUUAGGUGUAGAACGGACAGGCGGACUUUCAUAAGUGGCCGCGAGAACGGGAAAAUGAGGGAGCAACUUAAUUAAAGUCAAGAUUGGAAUGCGUAAUGCGCGAGGCACGGGAAUGAAGAAAAAACCGGGAAAUCUAAGGUGUAGAAAUGAAUUAUUUCCGAUUAAUUUCGCACGAUAAAUAUAUGACUAUUGCGAGAGAAAUUAUUGGAGGAACAAUUUAUAUACAAUAUAUAAAAACUGUUCGUAAAGCAAUUUACGUACAUCGAUGUACAACUUUUGAUCCAUUAAAAUGAUGAACGAAU